AUGGCACAAGUUGCUGAUAAUCCACAAUUAUGGGCUUUCUAUUCUUGUCUAUCAAAACGUGGUUUAUUUGAUCCAUUUAUUUCUGUUGAUUUUAUGGUUUAUUUGAUUAAACAUGAUUCAACACAAUGUGUUGAGGGUGUUGUUGAAGCAACCGAUAUAUUUACAACAAUUGAUAAAUGUCAAUCAUAUUUACAAGCUGGUGCUAAAAAAGUUAUAAUUGCAGCACCAUCAACUGAUGCUCCAAUGUUUAUUAUUGGAGUUAAUGAAGAUAAAUAUACAGGAAAAGAAACAGUUCUUUCAAAUGCAUCAUGUACAACAAAUUGUUUAGCACCACUUGUUAAAGUUAUUCAUGAAAAAUUUGGUAUUAUUGAAGGUUUAAUGACAACUGUACAUUCAUCUACUUCUAUACAAAACAUUAUUGAUGAACCAUCAAACGAAAGUUGGCGAGCUGAACGCGGAGCUGCACAAAAUAUUAUUCCAUCAUCAACUGAUGCUGCUUGA